AUGUACUUCACAGGUGCUUCCCCCCAAAGUUCUCGCUCUACAAGUGGCGACGGCCCAGUGAUACCCGGACUUGAAAUUGUGCCCCCCACUAGUCCAACAUCAUCGUUGGAUGAGCCAAUCAGCACAGCAGUUCGUCGAUGCAGGAACAGCAGAACUUCCCACCAUGGGGAUCCUACCAAGCUCACACCCCAAUGGACGAAACGCUUCAAGAUCUAUGCCAAGAAGCUGUGUGAAGACAACGAGGUUCCAACCGGAGAAGUCAUGCGUUUCAUUGAUUCUGGCGACAUGUUUUAUAUGCUCAUAGACCUGAAGAUUACCCUCGUCAAACUUUACGAGGUAAACAAGGCAAAGAGAUUGCAGGAAUUGAAGGAUGCCUUGGAAUCAAAGGACUUUGAGAAGAAUGGGCUAUACAACCGUUUGUUUGCGUGCAUGCUGUUGCCAAACAUCACAGCAUAUGUCACUGACACCCAGCUUCAUAUAAUGGAUUUCAUUACCAGUCAUUGUGAUGUCUUCAAAAUCCCCCCCCGGAAUGCUCGAGGAUGUCGAACUCAGAGCUCAGCUGGGCAAAUCAGUCACAAAGCUACUUACCGGUAUUCAGUAGCGUCAUCAAGACCGCUUUGUCAAGCAUACAAGUGUCGCCGAUGUGACCAGGGCGCUUGCACGCAGCAGGGUCUGGCAUGGAAGUUGAUUCUACACAUUGGAACAGAAUCGCGCUACUUCGGCGUCUUCUGCGAAUUUUUCUCAUCGGCAUCAGCGACUACAAAAGUGCUUCCAUCAAAGAAUUAUUUUCCCCUUACCUUAUUCCUGUCACUCAAGCAGGACAUGCGGGGAAAAGUCGAAUGCGAACUUGGUGUCAACAUCGAACGGCUUGAGAAUGACUUAUUUGACAAUAAUCACACGCCUGGGUCCAACAAUCAGGCCUCCCCAGAAACCUCAGCAAACGACGAUCAUGCGCCCAGUGCUAGGAGGAAUGAGAAUGGAGAGGAUGAGGAGUUGAAUGGGCCCGGGAACAAUGUUGACAAUGCCGCAGUCUUACAAGAUGACCCACUUGACUCCAGAUUCGGAUUGGUUGAAGGUACUCCGGCGCGGUACAACAAUACCAUCAGAUUCUGGAACUUCAUCGACCACUCACUCUUAACCAUGCACCAAAUGUCCAAGGAAUCCUCCUCGAUCCCCGCCCAGCAAGAUAAGGAGUUGCAGAAGUUGUUCAUUGAAAUCUUCCAAGCUGAUCUCGCCGAGUUUCCUGGUGGCAAGAAGCUCUCGAAGUUGAUUUCGAAGACGAAUCCUCAUUGGCAGACUGCUAUUCAGACCGAGCUCAUUUGGAACACCUAA